UUUCUAUGGCCCUUUUUACAGGAUAAGCCUAAUGGCCCAAAUGAGGAAUGUUGCUCGUACACCAGCUCAAAUAGGGAGAGUUGGGGUAGAUGUUCUUCAUUGGGUGGCAGUGAUGAAGAAUCCUCUGCAGACUGUAGAACUGCUGACAAUAGCCAUCAGGUUGCUCUUGAUGUGCUUGCAACACCUCUACGAAGCAUGCAACCAAAUUCAUCAAAUCCGCCAAAAGAGGAAAAGAAGAAAAAGAAGAAAGUUCCAACAGCCCCAAAGAAGCCUAAACGUGAGAAGUUUGAAAAGCUGGAGGCUCUUAGCAAACGUCUACGUCUUUGCAUCCUAAAGCGAGUAAACCAUCAGAGACGCGCGUCGUCAUGAUUGCUCCUUUGCCAUACAAGGCAUCUGUAAUUGCAGUUGUUUAGGUUUUUUUCCCAAGCUUUACCAUGCUGAUGAACAAGAAGCUUCGGUGUCUCACAAGCAUCUGUUCUAUUUUGAUUUCUAGUUUGUAUUUUAUUCCACGUGGGGUUUCACAUAGUUCAUGCCUCAAAUCAGAAGUCAGAAGGCUCAUAUUUUGUUUUUGAGAAGCGUUGCGUGUUUCAAAAGCUCCAAGUUAAUCUACAUAGAACCAUGGAAGUCUCCUAGCAUCCGUAGGAGGCCUGGCCCCCAAGAACCAAGGCCUGCCCAGAGGUGCAACUGAGGAGCAACCAGGGCAUGUAUCACUGCUGUUUGGAAAAAUUUUUAUUUCAAAUGAACGUUUAACUGUAUUGGCCAUCCAAAAUAGAUCACAUUUUAACCGCCCUGAUUGAGAAGUUUCCAAAAGCAAAUUUAUAAGCAGUGCUUAGGUUAAAUCUAACAAUCUCCAACGUCUGUCACUAACACAGCAUUCUUUUACCUAGCUACACAUUUCCUCCAAUAAAUACACGACAAAGCCAAAUAAAAUAAAGUACAUAUACCAUGUGGCAAUGAAAUUACAGAUCACUUCCAGAAACCUUCUCCAAUUGAUCUUCAUUCCCAAUUGAUACCCCAGAUGAUGGAUCAAAUUGCUCCCUUGUCAUGAAACCUGGGUGUGACUGCUGGUAGGAAGAACCAAUGCUCGACUCUAAAAUCUGGGGUGAAGAAAGUACCAUCUCUUGUUUAGAAUAUGCUGCACCAGCACUUACCCUUUGCUUCUUUGUCAAUCUAUCUCCUUUAGGGCUUCCAGCUGGGGAACCAACCCGGCAACCUGAAUCUGGGGUCAAUGGCUCAUGAUGAGAUGAGAAAGACUCAUCAAUUGAAAGGCUCUUGGCAGGGACACGGUCUUUGGCAAGCUUUUCUUGAACAGGAAACUCUGAAGUUGCGGCUGGGGUUGCUGGGUCAGUCUUCUUGUCUGAUUCAGGACAAUUAUCUCCUGAUGCUAAGCCAGAAACUCCUGAUCCAGGUGUAUCAGAAAGAACUCCACUAAGACGUUGUUGUUCUUCAAUUAUCUUCUUUAAGUACUUCCCCUGGGCCUCUAUCCGCAACUGUAGUUGUCUCUGCACCUGUUGUACUUACCAGAUAUGCAAAGUUUGUGAGACCUAUAAGUUGUUUCUAUUUACAGCAAAAUUCGUGAUAAAUAAAACCCUACACCCUAC